AUGCAGGACAUGCACAUUCCACACGGCAUCAUCAAUGUCAACUUCUCGAGCACACUUGUCAUCGGGCAAGACUACCUGGCGUUUCUCGCACACGUUCAGCAGCUGGUGACUGUCAACAGCCACAACGCUGCCUACCACGUGCUCGUGCUUUCACCCCAGACGCGGGGCAUGAAGCCAUACUGGUGGCUCAUGCUCGACAUCUCGGGACGCGGGCAGGACAAGACGAUGGUGGUUGUGCGGCAGGAUAACUUGUACGACAUGUGCUCGGAGAAAAUCAAAUGGUCGUCCAACGACGCUACUCAGGCAGUUGCCGCGGCUGCAACAGCAGCUGGAGUCAACAUCGAUGAUGUUGGUCUCAUCGUCGACUGCAACAGACAUGUCAACGAGGAGAAGUGCUAUCACAUAUUAUUCAUGUUGUUGAAUUAG